UUUAUUGCUAGAUGAACUAUGGUCUCUCAAACUAAAUGUUGGAAUAAGACAUCGAAUCUCACCACCAACCCCAUGAAUUUUUAAAUGACCACACUUUUCUGCAUGAAAUACCAAAUUCAGAUUACUGUAUCUGUAGUUAAGAUGAUACCACAGACAUCACUAUCACACAGGUUUUCAUUUUCAUUCUCUUAGAAGACUCAGGUUGAAUAAAACAGAAGUUUUCAUUUUCAUUUUCAUUUUCUUAUAAGAUGCAGGUUGAAUAAACGGUGAAUUUAUACUCUGGCUUUAUUGCUAAAAUUGGGCAGGGUGCUAUUUUAUUUUUCUUAUGCAAGCUUAUCUAUAAUGUAUAGGUGAAGCUCAGUGACUUGUGCUUAGCUUCAUAUUAUGGUCAGUAUUAUAUUAAUCUGUUAAUUUAACUUUGUUGGUGGUCUUUGCUGGCUGUUUCUCCUUUUGCAAUCUUAUUCUAUUUCUUCCACUUGUUAUUUUAUUUAUUUAUUGCUGGAUGCACAUGUGCUUCUGGUUUCUUGAACAGUUGAACUAAAUUAUUGGAUACAUUACUCCAAUUGUUAGCAGGUGAAUACUGAAUUUGACCUUUGCAAUAAGACACAUACCUCUUCACCAACCACAUUAACUUUCAGGUUUUGGAAUACUUACCACAUUAACUUUUAGAUGACUACUUUUCUGCAUGAAACACCAAAUUCAGAUUAUCAGAACUAUAGUUAAGAUCAUACUACAGACAUCAUUAUCACAGAAGAUUUCAUUUUCUUAAAAGAUUUAGCUUGAACAAAUGAUGAUUUUUCACCCUAAACAAUAUGCAGCUUUAGGCUUGAAGACCUGAUAAUAGUUAAUCCAAGAGUCAGCUUAAUGAAUUCAAGGUUUGUCUUGUUUUAAAGAUCUGUUGUAUCUUAAACUUUUUUAAGUGCAAGUUUAAAAAAACCCCAACUUUUGGAUCAAAUAAGUUGAACUCUGACUACUGCAAAUUAGAGACUCGUUUUUUUUUUCAAUUUGCAACCUCUCAUACAUACACACAACACUGUCAUAAUAUGCUUCUAACCUCGUAUUUAACUGCUGUUGCUAUUAUUGCUUUGUUAUUUUCUUUUAUUACAUCUUAUGCAGCUGAUAAUAAUCAUGAAAGCUUCAUUCAAUGCCUUGAAAGUUAUUCUAAUCAUAAUUCCACUUCAGUCUCAAAGUUUGUGUACACCCAAACACACUCCUCAUACUCAUCUAUACUCCGGUUUUCUGUUCAAAACCUUAGAUUCACAUCCAACACAACUGCAAAACCCCUUGUCAUUGUGAUACCUCUUGAAGUACCAGAAAUUCAAGCCACUGUAAUUUGUUCCCGACGCCAUGACAUGCAGAUUCGAAUCCGAAGUGGUGGCCACGACUACGAAGGUCUGUCCUAUGUUUCUGAAGUUCCAUUUGUUGUCAUUGAUCUUAUAAACCUUCGAGAAGUCCAAGUAGAUGUAGAAAAGAGAAGUGCAUGGGUUCAAGGAGGGGCAACUGCUGGCGAACUUUUGUACAAAAUUAGCCAAAAAAGCAAAACUCUUGGCUUCCCUGCAGGUAUUUGCCCUACCGUAGGUGUUAGCGGACUUAUCAGUGGUGGCGGCUAUGGAUUCUUGAUGCGUAAAUAUGGUCUUUCAGCUGAUAAUAUACUUGACGCUCACAUAAUUGAUGUGAAUGGUAGGGUUCUUGACAGAGAAUCGAUGGGUGAGGAUCUGUUUUGGGCUAUUAGAGGAGGUGGAGGAGCAAGCUUUGGAGUUAUCAUAGCAUGGAAGGUAAAACUAGUUCAUGUUCCAUCAACUGUGACAAUAUUCAGAGUUUCUAGGACACUGGAACAUAACGCAACCAAGCUUAUUCAGAAGUGGCAGUUAGUAGCAAAUAAGCUUGAUGAGGACUUAAACAUUAGGGUCAUUUUGGAGAGGGUGAAUACAAGUACUCAAACAAGGAAACUGACAAUAAAAGCCACAUUUGAAUCCUUGUUUCUUGGAGGUGUAGAUGGACUUAUCCCCUUGAUGGAAGAGGAGUUUCCAGAGCUUGGUUUGGUUAGAGAAGAUUGUACUGAGAUGAGUUGGAUUGAAUCAGUUAUCUACCAUGGUGGUUUUACAAGUGAUUUUACAAGUGAUCAACCCCUUGAAGUUUUGUUGAAUAGAACUCAUAGUGGUGUGUUGUUUUUCAAGGCAAAAUCUGAUUAUGUGAGAGAUCCUAUUCCUGAUAUUGGGUUAGAAGGGUUGUGGCCAAUGUUUUAUGAAGACGAGGCUAAAUCCGCGGUGUUGAUAUUCACUCCUUAUGGUGGAAUAAUGGACGAGAUUUCGGAGUCUGAAAUUCCAUUCCCACACAGAGCUGGAAACAUUUACCAAAUUCAGCACUUAGUUUUUUGGAAAGAGGAAGGUGAUAAGGUAGAAAAAAGGCACAUAAAUUGGAUUAGAAAACUUUAUAUUUAUAUGGAACCUUUUGUUUCAAAGUCUCCAAGAGGUGCAUAUGUGAAUUAUAGAGACCUUGACAUUGGGGUGAAUAAUAACAAUGGAUACACAAGCUAUAAGAAAGCUAGCAUAUGGGGUGUUAAGUACUUCAAGAAUAACUUCAAAAGAUUGGCAAAAGUGAAGACCAAAGUUGAUCCUCUAAACUUCUUCAGAAGUGAACAGAGUAUACCUUCUCUGUCUCGUUUUGAUAACAUAACAAUAAGGCAUAAUACAUUGCCUUGUGAAGAAGGGAUGCAAUUAUUAGAGUUCCCUGAUGCUCUACAUGUCAUUAUAUAAAAUAAGUUGCUUUCUGAUUUCUCUUUUA